UUUGGAAUUCUUAAUCCAAUAUAUGAUUGUUGUAAAAUAUUAAGUGUAUUCAUUAAUGUGAAUAACAAUAAGGAUGAGUUCUGACGAUUCGGAAGUCAUUAUUCAAUUUCGAGAUGUUAAUGACGUUUAUUUGGGAUCUUCUACAAGUGUUCCAGUCAGUCUUACGAGAGACCAAAUUGAGCAACUUCUUAAAACACUUCUGAAGGCCGAAAGUGAUUAUGAUGAAGAAGUAGAAAAAAACAGAUACACAUUCAUUUUGGAGACGAGCGAAGAAAUAAGAACUACUUUAGAUGAAGCCCUGUGUAGAUCUAAGGAAGAUUUUAGCGGAGAAUUGGUUUUCAAAAUUACGUACAUACCCAUCUCAGUAUUCAGCGUCCGUCCCAUCACUAGAUGUUCUUCUUCACUGGAGGGACAUACAGAAUCUGUUUUAUGCCUCGAAUUUAGCCCAGAUGGAGUUUAUUUAGCCUCAGGAUCAGGAGAUACCACAGUAAGGAUAUGGGAUCUUGCUACCCAAACACCAAUAAAAACAUUCACAGGCCAUACUAACUGGGUUAUGAGUAUUUCAUGGUCACCGGAUGGGUACACGCUUUCAUCAGGAGGGAUGGAUAAUAAGGUAAUAAUCUGGAACCCAAAAACGGGUAGCGGGACUGAUUUAAAAGGUCACACAAAGGCAGUAACAGCGCUUUCAUGGCAACCACUCCACAAUUUGGACGCAAAUGAAUACCCACUCUUGGCAAGUGGAAGCAUGGAUUACACAGUGAGAAUAUGGAACGUUAAGAGUUUUGUGUGUGUACGUGUACUAUCUGGACAUACAAAAGGAAUAUCUCAAGUUCUAUGGUCUGCUGAAUUCAAGGAAAGACUCUUUAGUUCAUCGAGAGAUACACUCAUCAAAGUCUGGAACACUAAUGACGGAUCACUUGUUAAGGACCUUAAAGGUCACGGCCAUUGGAUUAACACAUUGACGUCAAAUGUUAAUAGACUAAUUAAGAGCGGACCAUUCUCACCUGAAAAUUUUGAAAGUGGAAAGUGUAAAUUCGAUUCCAUGGAGGAAAUGAUAAAGGAGUCGAAGAAGAUAUACGAAAAGUUCAAGGUGGAAUCCGGACAAGAAAGACUCCUUUCAGGAUCUGACGACAAUACUAUGUUUAUCUGGCUGCCUAACUCUGAUUCAAAUAAACCUCUACACAGAUUAACGGGACAUCAACAGUUAAUAAACCAUGUAUCCUUUUCAUCGAAUGGGAGAUAUUUUGCAUCUGCGUCAUUCGAUAAGAGCAUAAGAAUCUGGUGCGGAAUAACAGGAAAAUACCUGAGAACACUGAGAGGACACAUCGGGAGAGUAUAUAGAGUAGCGUGGAGUUGUAGAGGGAACUACUUGGUCAGCGCAAGUUCAGACUCAACACUCAAGCUAUGGGAUGCAGAAUCCGGCAAACUUAAGUUCGAUUUACCCGGCCAUGCCGACCAAGUUUACACAUUGGACUGGAGUAACUGCGGAAAAACAGUGGCGUCAGGCGGGAAGGACAAGGUAGUUAAAUUAUGGUGUCAUUAAUGAUGAAAAAUUCACCUCGAUGGAGGA